AUGACUUCAACGCCAUUACGCUCAGACCGGUCACAGGAGGAUACUCAGAAAACUAGCUUUAUUAAACUACAGGUGGGGUUGCUAGGUUCCGGAAGGACCCUACAAAAAUAUUUCGAUGGCCUUGCGGAAAAUGCAGACACAUCCACAUCGGCGGGUUUGAGCUAUGUUUUAACCGAGGCAACAUUGGCUUUGCUGAGACACCCGGACUAUUGCAUCUCUUGUUAUUCAUCAGUGGAUGUGAAGCCGAAUAUAGAAGCUGGAGAGCAGCAAUUUAACAAUCUCUCCAUUGAAGAACGGGGGAAAUUUGACGAGGAAACACUUGUUAAUGUGGAUAGCAUAAAGAGACGAGGCUCGAAGAUUCGAACAGCUAGCGGUUUCACCAAUGAAUAUAUUGUGUGUUGUACAUGUUCAGGUAACUAUCUUGGUGGCUGCAGAGGGUGUACAUCAAUUGCAGCCAAUAAACGGAAGUCUGGAUCUGAAGGAAGCGUUACAGAAGCUCGGGCGAUACCAAGAAACAAAAUAUUGGCAGUAGAAGUAUUGUGGACACCACAGGACGAAAAUGAAGUUUUGUCAGAAAGGGAACUACUUGAAGAUUACCCACUUUUGAAGCUAUUCUAA